AUGUCGGACGACUCCAAAUCAAAAGCCUUCCCCGACCUCUCCGCCAAAUUAUCGGCCAUUCCUAAGAAGUCGCUUUUUGAGCGCCAGAAAGCCGAAGCCGAAGCCAAACGAGCCCGAGAGCAAGCCGAAACCGCGGCUGUGUACGAGGACUUUGUCAAGUCAUUCGAGGAUGACUCGCACGGCGGCACCGAUAGACCCUCUGCCGAUGGACGACCGAACCGCUUCCCACACAAGAAUCAAGGGUUUGCAGGUGGCCCUGGUAGACGGCACUUCACGGGCUCCGGUCCGCGCUUGAGCGGGCCUGGCACGCUGGGACCCCCUCCGCCGUCGCUGUCGCGAAAGCGCAACCACGAAGGCUUCCCGCCAGCGCAGCGGAACCGAGACACCGCGCAGGGGAUCCUGGGCUUUGAUAACACCGGCCCGGGCCCGUCGGCUGCCGCGUCCGCGUUCCGCGCGUCGGACGAUGAGGACGAGGCGACUGCCGAUGCGAAGGAGGCGGAGAGGGCGGCGGCCAAACCAACACUGUACCUGGCCUCGUUGCCUCCUGGGACGUCCCCGUCGGUUAUCAAGUCGAUAAUCCCCUCGCUUCUGACGGUGGAUAAUGUCAGGAUACUGCAUUCGACCGUCCAACAGGCCCCGACCGAUCGCAAGUCGAUCGCUGCCAUCGUGACCCUUGCAAACGAAUCUGCAGCAUCGGAUAUCGAUAGCACUGUCAGCGCUCUUCAGAACAAGUACCUGGGCUGGGGUUACUAUCUGUCGAUCUCGAGGCAUCUGUCCUCUGCGGCUAUUAGUUCCACAAUGCCGGUGACUGUCAGUCAGUCCUCGACAAGCCCCCUUCCAUUCGGGGCCAAGUCUACCCAGCCCGAUAUUCCCGGACGCUUGAAUCGAGCUCCGCCUCCUGGCAUGCACCGCGGCGGCUUUGCACCGCCAACGUCGUAUAAUCCUGCAUUCGGGCGCAGUGGCCCGACGACACAGGUUGAGGUGAAAGCACCGUCAGACCUCAAGCAGCUAAGACUGAUACAUAAGACGCUGGAGAAUUUACUGAGCUAUGGUCCGGAGUUUGAGGCCUUGCUUAUGAGUAGGCCGGAGGUCCAGAGGGACGAGAAAUGGGCUUGGAUCUGGAACGCCCGGAGCGCUGGCGGUGUCUACUAUCGGUGGAAGCUAUGGGAGGUCUUGACCAACAGUCGACCUACCGGUGGUCGACGGGGUCGGUUCCAACCUCAAAACCCGUCACUUAUCUUUGAGGGUGGCGCACACUGGGUUCCACCUGAGGCUCAUAUUAAAUUCGAGUACACUACCAACAUGGACGAGUUCGUCACGGACGACGAUUACGACUCGUCUGACGAGGAGAUGUCGGACUAUGAAGAUGAGAGACGUGUGGCCGGGGGAGCACCGCCAGCGGAAGGACCGGGCGCUGGUAACGAGGGGCUGGGAUACAUGAAUCCUCUUCAGAAGGCCAAAUUGACCCACCUACUCGCACGGCUGCCAACCACCCAUGCCAAGCUACGAAAAGGAGAUGUUGCCCGUGUUACUGCUUUUGCCAUUGAACAUGCUGGGGCAGGGGCCGAGGAGGUUGUGGAGAUGAUUGUUGCCAAUAUCAUCAAACCCUAUGCCUUUACGGGGGCCAAUCCGGACCGUGAAGCUGAACAAGGACUUGCUCGCAAGGAGCAAUUUGGAGAAUCAGCCAACGACAACACAGCCGAAGAUGGGCGGACGGCCUCGAAAACUCUUGACACGUCCUCUGCUAAGUUGGUGGGUCUGUAUCUCGUGUCAGACAUCCUCUCGUCGUCUGCCACGAGUGGUGUGCGCCAUGCCUGGCGAUACAGACAGCUUUUCGAGUCAGCACUAAAGACGCAGAAAGCAUUCGAGCAUCUUGGUAGAUUAGAGAAAGACUUCGGCUGGGGUCGAUUAAAAGCCGAAAAAUGGAAGCGCAGCGUUGGCUCUCUUCUCAACUUAUGGGAAGGUUGGUGCGUGUUUCCGCAGUCGAGCCAGGAGCAAUUCGUCCAGAUCUUCGAGAAGCCCCCCCUCACAGAAGAAGAGCUGCGAGAAGAGAGAGAGAAGGCCGAAGCCGAACGAGUGGCGAGCGCGUUCUCCAAGAACAAAAACCGCUGGAAGGCAGUUGACGAGGAUGCAGCUUCUGGAAAGUUCGAUCCCAGUCGCGCUGCGGCAGCCGAACCGGAUCGCAUGGAUGUUGACCAGGUCAAGCAUGAGUAUGCGACGGCGGAGAAUCUCGACGAAGUGUCAAUGAGCGACAUUGAUGGCGAGCCAAUGGAGGACAGUGACCUGGAGUUAUCGGAUGGUGAGCCAUUGGAGGAAGACCCUCCCGAAGAUGAGAGCGAGCUGAGCAAACCAUCGCCGGAGAAAGUAGCUGAAGCGGCAGCCCAACCGCAACCUCAGCCUCCGGUGCGCAAACCACGGCCUAAAGCAGAGGAUAUGUUUGCAGACUCGGACUCGGAGUGA